ACAUAGAUACACACUUCACAUGGGGAGCACGAGGCGGGUAUGGGUUCUCAGUGCGUAGCAUCAUGCCCUGAGAAACCCCGAUGUAUCUGAUGUUCACCUAUAGUCGGGUGGCGGCUGGUCGGCGCUGUGGUGCCCGUCAGAUCGCUGAUCCGGUGCGGAGAACUUCGGAGAAGUUGGUGGGCCCAUAUCUGUCAAGACCACUCACCUCACCUUCACGUGGGGCUUCCCGUCACCCUGCAUCGGUCCCGACCGGGGUAGGGUGCGAAAGAGUGAGUGGCACCAAGACGAGAAGGCACCAACACACGAUAAAACAAACCCUUGACGAUGAAGAUAAUUAUGAUAUGUCGGAAAAUAUAAAUAAUGAAGUUUACGGUGCAGGGGAGGGAUACCCCAGUACCGGCGCAGACGUGGGUGGACAAGCGGGACCCGCUGUGUCGUUAGCUUGUGACGGUAAAAUUUAUCAAAAUAGAUUGCAACAAUUUAAUAUUGAAACGAAACGUUAUAUUAAUAUCAAAAGAAUUUACAAAGGUCUUCAAAGUCUCUGGAUCUCCAAAACCUUGUGCAUGGAUUUCGUGUUAUUCAAAUAAACCUAUUCUCCUGUAAGGUAAAUCAUUAUAAAUCUUCUCUUAUGUUGGUAUGGUGAGUCUCUUUUUAUUAUCUUUAUUACGAAAUGUAUGUAAUCAUGCGUUCUCCUUUUUAUUAUGACGGAUUUAAAUGAUGUACUGCAUGCCUUUACCAACGAAUGCUUACAAAU